AGACUGUGGGAGGUGGAGUGGACUUGCAGCUUGCUAGGGGGCUGUCGGCUGGUAAAGCCAGCAACCCACUCCUUCAUAUUCCUUAGGUGCAUCUUAGAGAGCCUAGAAAAGAGCAGAGCAGUGUCAGCUGCAACUCAGCGCUCCUUGAAGAGCAACCUGAAUCACUGAAGUCAGGAGACUGCUAUACUGGAAGAUUAACCGGGCAAAACUGAGAAAGAGAAGGAAUCACCAACUACACCGAAAAGCUUUCCAUUGAUUUUCUAUCUUCAAUUUCUAUUUAAGAGGAAAAAAGGAUUACUGUAUUGCUGCCCUCCUUACACCAACAUUGAUAAACUAUAAAACUCAAGAAGCAUGGCUAUACAUAAGAGGCAGGUGUGUGUGGCUAGCUCACUGACGUUAGCACUGGGACUGGUCUUCUUCAGUUCAGCCACCUUGGCAGAGGAGUACGACUAUUACAGCUGGCAAUCCGACAACUUCCACAACGGCCGCUUUUAUGCCAAGCAGCCACAGUGUGUGGACAUCCCGGCCGAGCUACGUCUCUGCUACACCGUUGGCUACAAGAAGAUGCGACUUCCCAACCUGCUGGACCACGAGACCAUGCCUGAGGUGAUGCAGCAGGCGGGCAGCUGGGUACCCCUCCUUGCCAAGCGCUGCCACGCAGACACGCAGGUGUUCCUCUGCUCACUGUUCGCUCCUGUGUGCCUGGACCGGCCCAUUUACCCCUGCCGUUCUCUGUGUGAGGCAGUCAGGAACAGCUGUGCUCCUGUCAUGGAGACCUAUGGCUUUCCUUGGCCUGAGAUGCUCCAAUGUGACAAGUUCCCCAUUGAUAAUGAUCUCUGCAUCCCUAUGCAGUUCUCCGGGAAUCAUGCCACUCAGACUCCAGCUUCAAAAGCAUGUCCACCCUGUGACAAUGAACUGAAAGCCGACACAAUAAUGGAGCAUUUCUGUGCCAGUGACUUUGCACUUAAAAUGAAGAUCAAAGAAGUGAAGAAGGAGAAAGGUGACCGCAAGCUUAUCGCAGCUCAGAAGAAGAAGAAGGUUCUCAAGAUGGGGAUCCUGCGCAAAAAAGACCUGAAGAAGCUGACACUGUACAUCAAGAAUGGAGCCAACUGCCCUUGUUCCCAACUCGACAACCUUGGGAGCAGCUUCCUCAUCAUGGGCCGUAAGGUGGACCAGCAGCUACUGCUCAUGUCUAUUCACAAGUGGGACAAAAAGAGCAAGGAACUCAAGUAUGCCCUCAAAUACAUGAAGUCUCAGCAGUGUCCAACAUACCACACUGUCUUCCAGUGAUUAAUGACUAUAUAACUCAACUCUGCUCACUCAAAGCUUUUCAAUCCCCCUCCGCAAUUACCGCAUACACUUUAUUCUGCAGUUGCCUUUGGGAAACACUCAUUGCUAAUGGUUUGAUACUUCAGCAAUCUUCAUUUUUCUAUAUAUAAAUGUACUCAUUUACCUUUGUUAGAGCAGAGGAUAUAAUAUCAUUCCAAAGAACAGGCCUAGGUGAAAUGCCAUUUUUGUGUGGUAACUGAUCCUGCAUCUGGAGGGAUAAGAAAGAUGUAGGAGCCAAUCUGAGCUGAUCAUGUUAAUGUCAGAGUGAAGAAAAGAACAAUCAGUGAGUAAACAUUAGAUUAAAAGACAAAUAGCUUUUCUGUUAAACUUUUAUUUUGUUGAUAUGGAUAAAAAAUAUUACACCAUAAACCAUGUAGAUAAGAUUAUGGUUAUGAAAAUGCUUCUAAAAUGCGGGGCCAGCUCGAGCGUGGUUCAUAUUGAGAAAGAGGACUGAUUGCAGUUAUUUGUGAUUGUUGGUCAGUGGGACUAUGAGUAGCACCUGCAUCACUUCCCAGUUCUGAGAGAGUGUCUCAUACCAGCCAGUUGAAUGGCAGACUCUGAACUGAACCUCGCAGUUUGGUUGGUGAGAUCUCUGAUGCCUUUUUAUACUUUGUUCUUUUAAAUAUUCAUUUUUACUGAAAUUAUUAUGACUUACACUUCUAAGGAAUAAAAAAAGGAAGGAAACAUCUGGUAGGCAUAUCAUUUAAAUUCACUAUUGCUAAAAUAAAUGAUAAAACUCCUUAUGCUAGAACUGUCAUUAGUGACAUUAAUGGGUUAAAUUUUAAAGCAGAUUUGCUGUAUUGCCCUUAUUUUGACCAUUAUCAAAUCAACUAAAGGUUAUAACAAAAUGAAGAACAGAAAGAUAAAAUCUGACACUAUUUCAAAUAGUUACAACAUACACUAUGUUGCCAGUGGUUUGUGGACACCUGACCAUCACACCUAUAUGUAGGUCUUCCCCAAACUGAAGACUUUUAGGAUGAACUGGAAUGCCAACAGACCACCAGGAAUCCUCACCCAACAUCAGUGCCUGACCUCACUAAUUCUCUUGUGGUUGAAUGAGCAAAUCCCCACAGCCACACUCCAAAAUCUAAUGGAAAGCCUUCCCAGAAGAGUGGAAGUUAUUAUAACAGCAAAUGGGGGCUAAAUCUGGGAUGGAAUGUUCAAAAAUCACAUAUGGGUGUCAUGGUCAGGUGUCCACAAACUUUUGGCCAUAUAGUGUACCUUGACACAUUGUAUGUAAAUACAUUCAGAGAAUUAAAUGAGAAGAGAUCUGUCA